UAUGUUAGGUCAAGCACGAAACAUGACAUUGACAUGAGAAUAGGGAUACAUUCGGGAUCGGUUUUGUGUGGAGUGCUGGGCCUGCGGAAGUGGCAGUUUGAUGUCUGGUCAUGGGACGUGGAUAUCGCAAACAAACUUGAGUCAGGCGGAAUUCCUGGGAGAAUUCACAUCUCCAAAGCCACUCUGGACUGCCUGAACGGAGAUUAUAAAGUUGAAGAAGGGCAUGGUAAAGAGCGUAAUGAAUUCUUGAGGAAACAUAACAUCGAGACUUAUUUAAUCAAACAACCUGAGGAGAGUUUGUUGACUUUGCCUGAAGAUAUUGUGAAAGAGGCUGUCAGCUCCUCCGACAGGAGAAACAGUGGAGCAACAUUUACUGAAGGAUCCUGGAGCCCUGAACUUCCAUUUGAUAACAUAGUGGGAAAACAGAACACUCUGGCUGCCCUAACAAGAAAUUCAAUAAAUCUGCUUCCAAACCAUCUUGCACAAGCUUUGCAUGUCCAGUCUGGGCCUGAGGAAAUUAACAAGCGAAUAGAGCACACCAUCGACUUACGGAGUGGCGAUAAAUUGAGAAGAGAGCAUAUCAAGCCUUUUUCACUGAUGUUUAAAGACUCCAGCCUGGAGCAUAAGUAUUCUCAAAUGCGGGAUGAAGUAUUCAAAUCAAACUUGGUGUGUGCAUUUAUAGUUCUUGUGUUUAUCACCGUUAUCCAAAGCUUACUUCCUUCUUCCAGGGUGAUACCAAUGAUCAUUCAGUUUUCUAUUCUGAUUAUGCUGCACUCCGCUCUUGUGCUAAUCACGACAGCAGAGGAUUACAAAUGUUUACCCCUAAUGCUCCGGAAAACUUGCUGCUGGAUUAAUGAGACCUACCUGGCCAGGAAUGUCAUUAUAUUUGCAUCAAUUCUGAUUAAUUUUCUUGGAGCCAUCAUCAAUAUUCUAUGGUGUGAUUUUGACAAACCAGUAGCCUUGAAGAACCAGACGUUCAAUUCAUCUGCAUCUUUUACAGACAUCUGUUCCUAUCCUGAGUACUUUGUCUUCACUGGUGUGCUGGCAAUGGUGACUUGUGCAGUCUUUCUUCGUCUCAACUCUGUCCUGAAGCUGGCAGUACUUCUCAUCAUGAUUGCGAUCUAUUCUCUGCUGACCGAGACCAUUUAUGCUUCCCUUUUUCUGCAAUAUGACAAUUUCAACCACAAUGGAGACACAGACUUCCUGGGUACAAAGGAGGCAUCUUUACUACUGAUGGCAAUGUUCCUUUUAGCCGUAUUUUAUCAUGGUCAACAGCUUGAAUACACAGCAAGGCUGGAUUUUCUGUGGCGUGUUCAAGCAAAAGAAGAAAUCAAUGAAAUGAAGGAGUUAAGGGAGCACAAUGAAAAUAUGCUGCGGAAUAUUUUACCCAGUCACGUUGCCCGUCACUUCCUGGAGAAGGAUCGGGAUAAUGAAGAAUUAUACUCUCAGUCCUAUGAUGCUGUUGGUGUGAUGUUUGCUUCUAUUCCUGGAUUUGCUGAUUUCUAUUCCCAGACUGAGAUGAAUAACCAAGGAGUAGAAUGUCUGCGCUUGCUGAAUGAAAUAAUUGCAGACUUUGAUGAGUUACUAGGUGAAGAGAGAUUUCAAGAUAUUGAAAAAAUUAAAACGAUUGGCAGCACAUACAUGGCCGUGUCAGGUUUAUCACCUGAAAAACAGCAAUGUGAAGACAAAUGGGGGCAUUUGUGUGCUCUGGCUGACUUCUCCAUAGCUCUGAAUGAAAGCAUACAGGAGAUCAACAAGCAUUCAUUUAACAACUUUGAACUCCGUAUUGGGAUUAGCCAUGGCUCUGUUGUAGCGGGAGUUAUCGGUGCUAAGAAACCCCAAUACGAUAUCUGGGGCAAAACGGUUAAUUUAGCAAGUCGAAUGGACAGCACAGGUGUUAGUGACAGAAUACAAGUGCCUGAAGAAACGUAUUUGAUCCUGAAGGACCGGGGAUUUGCCUUCGACUACCGAGGAGAGAUUUAUGUCAAAGGUAUCAGUGAACAGGAAGGAAAAAUCAAAACAUAUUUUCUUCUAGGAAGAGUUCAACCAAAUCCUUUAAUCUUACAACCAAGAAAGCUGACUGGACAAUAUUCAUUAGCAGCUGUUGUAUUAGGACUUGUACAGUCUCUUAACAGGCAAAAACAAAAGCAAAUCCUUAAUGAGAACAAUAACUCUGGAAUCAUAAAAGGACAUUAUAACCGAAGGACUUUACUCACUCCCAGUGGAUCUGAAGCAGCAAGCCAGGCAGAGGGAGCUGACAAAACUGAAUUGCCAUAAUCAGCAUUUUGUUUGUGUUCUUUUUUUUGUAUUUCUUUUAUAUAUAAAAAUAAAUAUACAAAUAAAAAGGGUUUAAUUUUUUUUA